CCAGCAAAAGCACUGAUAGCGAGAAGAUGAUGCUCACGAUGACAGGCGCAGUUCAGCGCUUCUGCACGGUGGGUUAAAACCCUGUGAGGAAGUCCCGCAGCCCCGCUCCCUGAUGGCGUCGCUGCCGGAGCGCCGGGCGUUCGCGCUCAAAAUCAACAGGCACUCAUCUGCUGAAAUCCGCAAGCACUUCGUUGGGGUCAGCUACAACACUGUUCAGAGCGGCCUGCACCAACGCAACAACUCCAGCGCCUCUGGAUCCAUCUGUUUCAACGUUCCUCAGUCUUAUGACGCAGUGGAGCCGGUGGAUGUGGAGGAAUUCCUGAUGACGCAGCUGCGCAGCGGAGAUGGCGAGCUCAUGCAGGAGCUGGGCGAAUUCCCUGACGAUGACCUGGAGGUGGAUUUAGUGGACAGGGAAUGUCGAACUGUCUAUCACUCUGUCCCCGAGGAGGGGGUGGAACUGGAUCCCCAUGUGAGAGACUGUGUGCAAAGUUACACUCAGCCUUGGCUAGUGGUCAGCAGGAGAUGCCAAGGGGAUGGAUGGAGUGCGUACUCUGAGAGGACAGGCUUUCACAAACUACUUCAGAAACAAACGUUCGAGUCUGACGUCCAACCAGAGAAACAGGAGCAACCGGUGAAGUCUCUGUCUUUGGCAGCGUUAUGUGAUGAUGACAGCGCUCGCAGCACUCUCACCUCCUCUGAUUUUGACCUCCGGGGCCUUCAGCCAGACCCUCGUCUUGACAACCUCCUACAGUUCAGUACUGCUGAGGAUCUUGACCGCUUUAACCUCGAAGCCAGACAGAACAACCGCCAUCCGGAACUUUUCGCCCUCUAUCCACCUACUGAUGAGGAAGAUGCAGUGGAAAUUCGUCCCAUUCCUGACUGUCCAAAGGAGCACAUGGGCCUCAGGAUCCUAGUGCGAUGCCAGUUCAUCAAGUUUGAAAUUGAGAUCGAGCCCAUUUUUGCCACCAUGGCCUUGUAUGACCUGAAAGAAAAGAAGAAGAUUUCAGAGAACUUCCACUUUGAUCUAAACCCGGACCAAAUGAAAGGCUUACUGCGCUCCCACACCGCUCGUAUUGACUCGUCCACAUUGGCGAAGUCUGCCAUUUUCUCCAUCUCCUACCCUUCUCCAGACAUCUUCCUGGUCAUUAAGUUAGAGAAAGUCUUGCAGCAGGGGGAGAUUGGAGACUGUGCAGAACCUUACAUGGGAAUGACUGACAAUGCCAAGAACAAAGACAAACUGGAGAAGCUUAGAAGUCAGGCAGAGAACUUCUGUCAGAGGUUGGGCCGGUACAGGAUGCCCUUCGCCUUUGGUACAGCCAACAUCAUGAGUGCGAUCAGCACAGGCACAUUGGAUCGAGACACGAGCGACUCAGAUAGCAUCAAUGGCAAGAACAAUGUAGAUAAGAAGGCUUACCUGCCUAGACGCAACUCCGAGAGGUUCACCACCCUAGAGGACCAGUCCAACCUGUCCGGCGUCAAACCUGCCGUCAUUAACAUCCAGACCCUUUUCAAACAGGAAGGGGAGCGUCUCAGUGAUGAAGACUUAUUUAAGUUCCUGUCUGACAUUAAAAGGACGUCCACUAUUCAGCGACGGGUCAAGAUAAUACCAGGCUCUGUGAAGCUAGAUGUGAACCCAGUGCCAGAUACAGGGAUCUCGUGUCUGUCUCCUGAGCUCAUCCCCAUUAAACCUGUAUCAGAGAAAAACGUGCGACCUGUAAAAGAAUUGCUUGAGUUUCCCUCCAACGAUGUCUACGUUCCUCACUUCGUAUACAGAAACCUGCUGUUUGUGUAUCCUCAGAGGCUCAACUUUGGCAAUCGAGCUUUGGCAUCUCAUAGGAACAUUACCAUAAAGAUCCAGUUCAUGAAUGGAGAGGAGCCACUGCCUGUUAUAUUCGGGAAAUCAAGUGGUCCAGACUUUCUAUCGGAGCUCUACACGCCGGUGACGUAUCAUAACAAAUCUCCAGAUUUUUAUGAAGAGGUGAAGAUCCGGCUGCCGGCUCGCCUGACCGAGAAACACCACCUGCUCUUCUCCUUCUUCCACAUCAGCUGCCAGCAGAAGCAGAACCAGAGCGGCAACGUGGAGAGUCUCAUCGGAUACUCAUGGUUACCCAUUCUCAAUAACGAGAGGCUGCAGAUGGGAGCGUUCUGUUUGCCCAUUGUUCUUGAACGUCUUCCUGUGAACUAUUCGCUACAUUCUCCUGAGAAAUUGCCAAUCCAGGUUCCCCCAGUCAAGUGGAUGGAUGGACAUAAAGGAAUUUUCAGCCUGGAAGUUCAGGCUGUGUCUUCAGUUCAUACACAGGAGAGCCACCUGGAGCGCUUCUUCACUCUGUGCCAUGCUCUGGAGGGGAAGGCUACAUUCCCUAUCCGCGUAGGGGACGAAAAAGUGCCAGAAAACAAGCUGGAGCAUGAGCUCAAGCUCAGCAUCAUCUCCCUGUCCUCCUCCGAGCUGGAGCCACUUGUACUCUUCCUCCACCUUGUCCUGGACAAGCUGUUUCGCCUCAUCAUGCAGCCCAUGGUCAUUGGUGGCCAGACCGCAAAUCUGGCACAGAUAGCGUUUGAGUCAGUGGUGUCCGUAGUGAACAGCCUUCAUAACAGUCAGGAACUGGCCAAGGACCACCAAGGCAGGAACUGUCUCCUAGCAACCUACCUCUACUAUGUGUUCCGGUUGCCAGACACUCUGCUGGAAGUCAUUAACACAGGUGCACUGGUACAGGAGAGCAGGUACAGCACUAUGGGCCGAGCCACAGCCACAAGCAUAGGCAACAUGCUGCUUUCUUCACGCGUCCGCUCCAGCAGUAACCCCGAUAUUACUGCUGCACAGAGCUCAGAGGACGCUGAGGUGAAAAACAUACUGGCUGAGAAGGGUUUGAAUCAUCCCGGCAGCAGGAUGUCCACUUUCAUUGACGUUACCAACCGCUCUCAAAUUUCCGCUAGUAGCAUGCGGUCCUCUAACAGAAAGCAAUUUCAUGAAGAGCUGGCUCUUCAAAUGGUGGUGAGCACCGGCGUCUGCAGAGAGAACGUUUAUAAAUACGCCUGGUUCUUCUUCGAGCUGCUGGUGAAAAGCAUGGCUCAGCAUGUCUCUCAAAUGGACAAGCAGGGAGUGUCUCGCAAAAAUCGCUUUUCUGACCGCUUCAAGGAUGACAUCACCACCAUUGUCAACGUGGUGACGGCCGAAAUUGGCACUAUACUGGUGAAACAGCAGAAGGAACUGGAGCAGGCUGAAAAGGUGAACAUUAAUCUGGCGUUUUUCCUUUACGACCUGAUGUCUCUCAUGGACAGAGGCUUUGUCUUUAACCUGGUUAGGAACUAUUGCAACCAGAUGUCCGCAAAGAGUGUUUCCAUGUCCACUCUGAUCACCAUGAGGCUGGAGUUUUUGAGAGUGCUCUGCAGUCAUGAGCACUACCUGAACCUGAGCCUGUACUUCAGUAGCAGUGCGUCUGCUCCCCCGUCUCCUUCCCCGUCCGUCACGUCACAGACCUCAAGUUCAUGUAGCUUGCCAGACCAUAAGAUUGCAGCCAUGUUUGAUCUGACUCAAGAGUUCAAACAGCAGCACUACCUGACUGGCCUGCUGCUGACUGAACUCAGUGCGGCUCUCGAUAUGGAAUCAGAAGGAAGUAAGGUGCAGCGCAAGGCCAUAAAUUCCACAUACAGCCUAUUGUGUGCUCAUGAUUUGGACCCUCGGUGCGCAAGGUUAGAAGUCAGGACUAAGAUUGCUGCUCUCUACCUCCCCCUGGUGGGCAUCAUCAUCGACUCCCUCAACUACCUCGACUUCACAGUUUCUGAGUCACGUGGCAACAAGGCCAAGUCCAGUGGGCCAGAGGACGACUUUGAAAAUGUUCCUCCUAUCAAUCAGUCUGUUGCCAUGGCAAUCGCAGGAAACCCGUUCAACACCUUGGCGAGAAAUGCGCUGGUGUCCAUGGCCUCUGUGUCAGGUAAAAGCUGUAGCACGCUCUCUGCAGAGACCAGCCGUAACCUGCUGGUGUGUUUCCUGUGGAUCAUGAAGAAUGCAGAGCAGAGCCUGAUCCAGCGUUGGAUAGUGGACAUAUCCCCCUCUCAGCUCAGUCGCCUUCUCGAGCUCCUCACUAUCUGCACCUCCUGCUUUGACUACAGGGGGAAACAGAGCUCAGAUAAAGUGAGCGUGCAGGCCCUACAGAAGUCUCAGCAGGCUAAAGCUCGUCUGGAGGAGGCACUACUAGGAGGCUUGGGAGCGAGAGGAGAGAUGAUGAAGAGGGUGGGAGCUAAUGAUCGGACUCAGGGCCAGAGAGACAUCCUGCGCUGGAGGAAAGACCUCACACAGUGGCGCCAGACCAACGACAGACAGGACAAAUCUAAAGCUGAGUUGGACCAGGAGGCCAUAAUCAGUGGGAAUCUGGCCACUGAAGCCAACCUCAUAGUCUUGGACCUGCUGGAGGUCAUUGUGCAGACUGUACCAUUAGCAGACUAUAAGGAUAGUGCGGUUGGUGGAGUUCUGAGGGUUCUGCUGCACUCACUAACAUGCAACCAGAGCACCGUGUAUCUAUCACACUGCUUCAGCACCAUCCGAGCUCUCAUUGUGAAGUUUGGGGACAUGUUAUUCGAGGAGGAGGCCGAGCAGUGUGCAGAUCUGUGCCAGAAAGUGCUUCAGUACUGCAGCAGCUGUGUGGACAGCAACAGGAACCAGGCCUGUGCUACACUCUACCUCAUCAUGAGAUACAGCUUUAGUUCUGCCAGUAAUUUCUCUAGAGUGAAGAUGCAGGUGACCAUGUCGUUGGCGUCUCUAGUAGGAAAGUCCUCGGAUGUGCACGAGGAGUACCUGCGUCGCUCUUUUCGCACCAUUCUAGCCUACGCAGAGGAAGACACAGAGAUGCAAUCCACGCAGCUUCCUUCACAGGUGGAUGAACUUCUGAGGAAUCUAAACAGCAUCCUUUCAGAUACAGUCAAAAUGAAGGAGUUUCAAGAAGAUCCUGAAAUGCUAAUGGACCUUAUGUAUAGGAUUGCGAAGGGCUACCAGACGUCACCUGAUCUGCGCCUGACCUGGCUUCAGAACAUGGCUGAGAAGCAUAACGGCAAGAAGUGCUUCACCGAGUCUGCAAUGUGUCUGGUGCAUGCCGCAGCCCUGGUGGCUGAGUACCUCAGCAUGCUGGAGGACCACAAGUACCUGCCUGUGGGCAGCGUCACCUUCCAAAACAUCUCCCCUAACGUUCUGGAGGAGUCGGCGGUGUCAGAUGAUAUCCUGUCCCCAGACGAGGACGGCGUUUGUUCUGGACGGUACUUCACCGAGAAUGGUCUGGUGGGGCUUCUUGAGCAGGCUGCAGAACUCUUCAGCAAUGGUGGAUUAUAUGAGGCAGUGAAUGAGGUGUAUAAGAUCAUCAUCCCCAUACUGGAGGCCCAUAGAGAUUUCCGGAAACUGGCCACCACUCACGACAACCUAAAAAGAGCUUUCGAGAACGUCGUUCAGAAGGGUCAUAAGAGGAUGUUCGGUACAUAUUUCCGUGUGGCAUUUUUUGGCUCAAAGUUUGGAGAUCUUGAUGAGCGGGAGUUCAUAUAUAAAGAGCCAGGAAUCACACAUCUUCCUGAGAUCUCCCACAGACUAGAAAAUUUCUACAGACAGUGUUUGGGAGACGUUCUGGAAAUGAUCAAGGAUUCCACACCUGUAGACAGAAACAAACUGAAUCCCAACAAGGCAUAUAUUCAGAUCACAUUUGUGGAGCCGUACUUUGAUGACUAUGAGAUGAAAGAUCGCAUGACCAACUUUGAGAAGAACUUCAACCUGCGCCGGUUCAUGUACACCACCCCGUUCACAAAGAGCGGUCGGCCUCGAGGAGAACUGAACGAGCAGUACAAGAGGAAGACCAUCCUCACCACACAGCAUGCUUUUCCUUAUGUGAAGACACGAAUCAAUGUCAUUCAGAAGGAAGAGUUUGACCUAACUCCAAUUGAGGUGGCUAUCGAAGACAUGCAGAACAAAACUCGCGAGCUGGCUAUCGCCACACACAAAGAGAAACCUGACCCCAAGAUGCUGCAGAUGGUUCUGCAGGGCUCUGUGACCGCCACAGUUAACCAGGGACCAUUAGAGGUAGCCCAGGUCUUUUUGAAUGAAAUCCCAGCAGACCCCAAACUCUACCGUCAUCACAACAAACUGCGACUGUGUUUCAAAGAGUUCAUCCUACGGUGUGGGGAGGCAGUCGAGAAGAACAAGCACCUGAUCACACCAGACCAGCGAGAGUAUCAGCAGGAAUUGAAGAAGAACUACAAUAAGCUGAGGGAGAACCUGAGGCCUAUGCUGGAGAGGAAGAUCCCUGAGCUCUACAAGCCCAUCAUCAAACCCCGUUUCGAGAACAGGGACUCCAUCAAACGGCACAGCUUCCGGCGGAUUCCGGAGGACAGUUCAUGAUGUCAUGAGAAUGGAGGAGAGGAGAGGGAGUGGAAGAGCAGCUCCACUGGUGACUUGAUGCCUUGAGCAGGGUUUCAUUCACAGUAUUAAAUAUUAGUUUAUGUUCAAAUUGUCAAAGGGAUAAUGCAUGUCAACAUAUUUCAGUACAUUGUUUUAUUGCCUCCUACAUUUGUCUUGAUGUGCUGUUGUCCUGCUAAAAACUAUUAGGCAUCAUUUUAGCUGGUAGGCUUUGGUAGUUUCUUUAAAAAUAAAUAAAUAAAAACCUCAUCAGAUGAAUAACAACCAAUUUGGAGUCAAGUUUAAAUAUUAAACUUGAUAGGCUGAGAAAACACCAUACCACCUAUUGUUGAUAAGUUCAGCAAGUUAUAUAACUGUAUCAUACUUUUCAAUAAUCUGUCUUUACUUUAAAACAUUCCAGCAUAAGUUCUGUUAUGACACGUACAGCAUUGUAGAUAAAAUACUUUACCAUUUUACUGAUGCCUAAUGGGAAGUUUGUGUUACAGAAAUUGGAUUUGAAUCAUGAUGAGAUCAAACAUACAGUCAUGGGCGGGGGGGAAUGUACUCAAUUCUGUGUCUUCAAUUAAUCAAUUGUGUGGUCCUCACUAACCUUCUAUAAACAACCAAAGAACCUCAGGUAACGACAACAACAAAAAAAAAACACAACAGAUUUCAACAUGUAGUAUUUUUUUCCCCAAAAAGGAAACCAACAUUCAGAAGCCAGGUGGGAAAAAAUAAGUACGCCCUAUAAUUCAGUAACAUGUAGAACCACUUUUAGCAACAAUAUCUUGAUAGACGUUGGUGAAGACCACACAAUUGUUAUUUAGGUGCUGAUCAAUAAAAACAUAGAAUUGAAGGAGGGUGUACUUUCUUUUUCCCAAUGACUGUAUAGAAAAAUAACUUUGGGUGAAAUAUCACUCAAACAGUGCAAAUAAACACGUAUACAAAAAUCCACAUGAUAUACAGGAAUCUCUUGGCUAGUGCAGUAAAAUGAGUGAUUACAAAAAAAAUAAAAAGAUAUUGACAGUGCAAACAAACUGUCCACAUUUAAGCAAAAUGAAGGGAGGCUAACCAGAGGCAGAUUACAUAACCCCAGGAAAGAAAGGCCUGUGACUUGAAUAAAACCCUCCUGCGGUAAGACGUGAGUAUCAUCCGAGCUGCGUGUGUUCUGCUGCGCACUCAACACCCAGUGGAACGGACGGGAGGAAUUUCUCAUGAUGGUUGAGCGCUGAGCCAGUGCAGUGAAAUGCCUAGAAUUUUGUGUACAUGAUACUGCACAGAAACAGAACUUUUAGCAGGGUUGGAAAUCUCAGAUGCAAGCUCUCUUUAUUUAUCUGGAUUUUAAUGAAAGAACUGCUCAUGAAAAUCAUGUCUAUACGAGAUUUACAAACUGCCCCUGGUUACAUUCAACAUGGAUUCUUUAUGCUUUUGCUGAAACAAUAUAAUAUAUAUUUUUAGCAGAGAUAUAUGAAAUAGAUGUAAAUAUGUUUUACUUUAUUUAUAGGAAGGUAUAGUUUUGAUUCUCACUGGUACGAUCAGCAUUUGCUGUAGUGUGCCAAUUCACAUGUUCUCAUUACCUAACCUUUUUGGAAUCUGUCAAUAUCAUAACUGAAUUAAGUUAACUUUUUUUUUUUUAUAUAAAGAUAAAGCACAGUAGGUUUGUGCAUGGAAAUAUUGUCUUUUUUCUCCCCUACAUGUAUAUUUUCUGUAUUUUUAUUAACUGGAAGUUUAAUUUGUUCAGGAACACUUUAGUUGGAUUUUAUUUCUAUUUUUCCUGGGCCAGUUCUGAAAAUUUUGCCAAUUAGUCAUAGAUAACACUGCAGAUUGCAGUUUACCCUUUAUUUUGAAAACCAUAAUCAUCCUUUCUGUUACACCUGUUGCUGCUCUUAACACUGUGAGAACUGUUUGGUCUAUAGUGUGUUUCUCCAGCACAAUGUGGAUGUAAAUUUAUUUUGUAUUAUAAUAUUCCAAAGCACUCAAUAAAAACUUUAACUGUUGAA